GCUAUAUCAUGUAUACAUUAACUCUUAACUCUUGAAGACUCAAAGAUCACUAAAGAUGAGCAGUUUAUUUUGGACGACCUUCAUUCUUCUACUAACUGUGUGGUGUACUGUUCCAUCAGACGCACAUAUCAGCUGCAAUCCACAAUCUGACACCAUCUGUAUUUGUCCUCCUGGUUUCUCUGGUGACAACUGUACACAAGAUAUUGACGAAUGCAUGACUAAAGACUGUUAUGGUCAUGGUACUUGUACCAAUACUCACGGCUCCUACAACUGCACCUGUGAGCCAGGCUUCACUGGGGAUAACUGUCAGCUCAAUAUCAACGAGUGUGGUCUAGACUCUCCACCUUACUGCGGUGUGCAUGCACUAUGUGUGGAUACAUACGGAUCCUACACCUGCCAUUGCUUGCCUGGCUACAUGGGAGAGGACUGCGAAGUGGAGAUUGAUGAGUGCGAACUCUAUGGCUGUGAAAAUGGAGUUUGUACUGAUUUAGUGAAUGAUUUUAGUUGCGAUUGUUAUACUGGUUGGAAUGGAGAUAGAUGUGAAAAUGAUAUUGACUACUGUUCCCUCGAUCCUUCCAUACAUGGACCUUGUGACGAUCGAGGUGCCAUUAGCUGUAACGAUGGCAACAGUACGUACACCUGCACCUGUGUGGUGGGCUGGACUGGUUACGACUGCUCAGUGGAUAUCGAUGAGUGUGAGAUCGGUCUUUGCUUAAAUGGAGCUACUUGUAUGCACUUUCUAUUUGGAUAUUACAUAUGCAUUUGUGCCCCAGGCUACAGUGGAUAUCGAUGUGAAAUUGACCUAACUCCUUGUGAUCCUGAUCCUUGCCGGUACGAUAGUUCCUGUCUAAAUGAACAAACCUUCCCUGCAAGAUACCCUGAUGGAGUAGAAGGCGUCCCACUUCUCAGAACUGGUGACUAUUAUUGUGAUUGCUUACCGGGAUUCUCUGGCCAAGAUUGCUCCAACGAAUGUCCUAGUGAGCCUUGCAUGAAUGGUGGAGUAUGUUUUGACACAGAAGAAAGUUUCAUCUGUCAAUGUCCUCCCGGAUUCAGUGGCCAACUUUGUGAUGUUGAUCUCGACUUCUGCACGCCAACUACCUGUCUAAAUGGUGGUGCGUGUGUGGAUGGUAUUGGGGACUUGUUUACUUGUCAAUGUGUGCAUGGUUUCAACGGGGCCAGGUGUGAGAACGACCUUCCAUUUUGUCUCUUCGACUCUUGCAAAAAUAACGGUAUAUGUGUUGAAGGUUUGGGUAAUUCAACGACGUGUAUUUGCCCUGAGGGAUUCAGUGGUCAACUUUGUGAUGUUGAUCUCGACUUCUGCACGCCAACUACCUGUCUAAAUGGUGGUAUGUGUGUGGAUGGUGUUGGGGACUUGUUUACUUGUCAAUGUGUGCAUGGUUUCAACGGGACCAGGUGUGAGAACGACCUUCCAUUUUGUCGCUUCGACUCUUGCAAAAAUAACAGUAUAUGUGUUGAAGGUUUGGGUAAUUUAACGACGUGUAUUUGCCCUGAGGGAUUCAGUGGUCAAGAUUGCAGAGAAGACUUAGACUUUUGCACUGAGUUGACUUGUCGCAACGGUGGUACCUGUGUGGAAGGACUUGGAAUUGUUGUGUCUUGUCUCUGUCCCAAUGGAACAGUGGGAGAGCACUGUGAUCUGCCUGAUGAAGGGAUGAACAUUAUUGUACUGAUAGUGAUCAUAGUGCUGGCUGUAUUCGGACUCUUCUUCCUGGUCUGUUUUAUAGCAACACUUAGUUGCAGUGGAUACUGGGACAGGACAAGAAGAAACUCCUAUCAAGCGAAUAAGUGGACGUUAGAAUACCAGCAUAAACGAACUCCAGUAACCAUAGCAGCCCUGGAAAACACUGUCGUGCACCUUGAACUAGACUGUAACUAUCGUGAUACACAACAGUACAGGGACAACCUGAGUCAAAGCAGCUUCGAGUCUCAGACAGCCAUGGUGCAAUUCUCACUCAACAGAACUGGCAGUUUGGGCAGCAUUUGGAGCAAUCUAGUGCGGACACCUUCGACAAGAAGCUAUCGGUCCCCUUUCGCCAGGAAUCCUUCCGCUAGACAAACUGGAGGUGUGGUCAGAGGGGAGGGACAGCUGGGCGAUAUUGAGAAGGAGGAACUGGCAGAUAUGCUGGAGAUGGGAGUGUCCACCUUCAAGCCAACAUAGCUACAAUUCUGGGAGGAAGGAUUAUUGAAGCAAGCACACAAACACAAACUCAUGACUCAUGUAUCAUUGCUGUUCGCAUUUUAUAUUUUAGGUUCAAAUUCAUUUGUUUUUGCUAAUUAAUUUCAUAGUAUUUAUGCCGUUUUGUAUAUUAAUUUAUAUACCUACCUACA